UCACUUCUAUCAUUUUCUAUCUCUAUGUCGGACGAAAUUCAUUAUAAAAAAGUCAUGAAAGGGUUUGGAUGGCUUCUAUUCCUCGUGCAUUACAAUGGAAUUACUGGCAGCAUAGCCACAUUUAUGUUUAAACAAAAGGCUGUCAAAGUGAAUGAUAUCUUGGACCUUCGACCUUACUUUCCUGGAAAGUCUUCCCGAAGUCCUAUCGAGUGUAGCCGAUCCUGCUCCAGUAUCGAGGGGUGUAUUUCACUGAUUUACGAUAAAGACUCGCAUGAGUGUAGAAUCUUCAAAUCCGACAUUGCCGAGAGAAAGCGAGAGGAGUCGCGAGAUUUUGACAAGAAGACACAGUGGGUGUACUAUCACAUAAUCAAAGAGUGCGGUUCUGACGAAACUUUUUGCCCUCAGGAGUACUCAUUUACACCAGAUCUGUGUUUCUGUUUUCAAUAUUUUCCGGGUAAACUGAACCAUGUAGCUUCUACACUGAAUUGUCGAGCAAACAGCGCCAUGGCAUCCGGCAAUGUGAAUAGAAAGGCAAACCUUGUCAGAAUUGACAGUCCGGCCAAACAGUGGAGAGUUGAGGACUACCUACGAUCUAUAGAUAUCAAAACCUCCGAGGGAUUUGUCUUCAUCCAGGGAGAAAAGGAGGGAGACACAUGGUACUACAGUGACACGAAAACAUCUCUGAAGUACACAAACUGGGCCGAGGGCGAGGGAACCACCGAAGAAAAACCACAUAUCGCACUGUCAGUCACCAAUUUCUCCUGGUAUAGCAAAGACAACGAGUCGGAGUACCCACAACUUUGCGAGAUUCCUCCGCCAGACUAUUUAUUUGUUCCCUAACAGGAGUCACGUGCCAUCGUUCUUGCAAUGGUUUGGGAUAUGUGCUGUAAAUCACUUUUUAUUAGCGACAAAAUUAUUUUUGUGUAUUUUCACGAGACUUUUUGCUCGCCAAACUCUCUCGGGAAAAUAAGAUAUCAGCAAAAUUUGGUUUUCCACAUUAGAUACAGUGAUCGGCAAAUCGUUGAACGUGCUAAGGUAUUUUUGAAAUAUGUUUCAUUUUACAAUGUCGUAUAGUAAGACUUUAAUUGCCUAAGGAGGACUUCUGUAAAGGAUAAGAUA